CCCCUCAGUGUUUCGCCGCCAUCUUAAGUCCUGGUUUUGGCCUCAGCAGAGGAUGAGGCCGCUCAGAUCAUCUUGUGUUUGGGCGGCGGCGGCGUUUUUUCCAACGCGCGGGGAAACUCUGGGAAUGGGGAAGUAAGGCCGAAGCUUGAAUCACCAAAGCAGGUGAAGGUGGGCUUGAGAGCCCGCUCCCUGUUUGGUCUGUUUCCUCAGCCAAGUACUCCUCCACCAGUGACCCUGGACAGUAAAAAAACUAAUAAAAUCCCGAACCCAAACCCUACCACCGUCAUAGCUUCCCAGGAACCAAUCAACUUGCCAUUUAUUUGUUCUAUGUGCUCAGUCCGUAAUUAUACUCUGGAAUCAAUAAGCCAUGGAGUCAAAGAAAUUUGCCGUUAAAUGUGGGAAUUUUGCUGUCCUGGUCGAUCUUCACAUACAGCCACAGGGUUCAAACAAAGAUACCAGCUGGUUUUCUGAACAGAAGAAAGAGGAAGUCUGUUUACUGUUAAAAGAAACCAUUGAUUCAAGAGUUAAGGAGUACUUGGAAGUUCGUAAACAGCACAGGCCAUCAAAUACAGAAUUCACGAGAUCCAGUCCCUUGACCUUAAAAGGUUAUGGCUUUCAAAUCACAGCCUAUUUCCUCAAGAGAGGGUUACGCCUUUACUGUUUCAGGGGUUCACAGAGUACUGAGCUCCGUGUAUUUCCUGACAGAUUUGUGGUCUGUGUAAGUCAGCUUUCAUUCAGUCGUGAUCUUUUGGCAAGUCAGAAUGAAGAAUUGACGGAAGGAGCUCUCCAUGGAGCGUCUGAUUAUUUUGCUGAGUGUGCGGAGAGUCGACUUCCUCCCAGUGCAAAGCGCAAGAGAAAUGCUCUGAAAGAAAUUGUGAAAAGAACUGAAACGAACAGCAGCGUUGUGAGCAAAUCAUGGAGCAGAAGGGACAUUGUGGGAACAUCUAGUGACCGAGAGAUUGCGGAGAUAGCGAGGAGGAGGGGUGACAGUCCGGCUUCAGCCAGUCCCGCGUCAGAGUCCAUGGGACAAGCAAAAGAUUACAUAAAGGCAGCUGAGAGCCACUGGGGGCUUCCUGUUCAAGAGCUGGAAAAUGUUCAUCAGACCCAGCCUGAAGACACUAGUGGCCAGUAAAAACCUCAUCUUGGGGAGUGGUUAGAGACAGGCCUUCUAAGCAGGAGCCCUGUCUGUAGCUGUGAGUCAGCAUCACCAGGUCCAAAACAAAGUCCACAAAGGGCCAGAGUGCAACAGAAAUGCAGGAACCACGGCUCUGCAGAAGACGUCGACCACCACAAGAGAGUUUCUCUUGGAAGCGAUCAAUUAGUCCCAAGAGAAAUCGUAGUAGAAAAAAGCAAAGCUGUCAGGGUUUUGCCAGCCUCAGAGCUGUCAAAUCCGGGGUUACUUUUGAAACGAGGUUUGGCAAAAACGGCAUCUAAUGAAGAGUUGCAUGUUUUGGAAAAUCUCUCCUCCGGACAUCUUACAAAAAAUCAGCCAAGGCAGGCACAGCAGACCGUCUCAACCACAAACACUGAAAGAUUAUCUGCAGUCCGGGGCAGCCCAACCAAGAAAAGAAAGAAGUACGAAAGAGGCCACUAACUUACUAACGGGGAUUGCUGAGUUGUAGUUGGGUAUGUAAUGGCUGAAGGUGCGGAAAGAGAGGGGUGUGUGCAGCUGUCCCGACGUUGAAGGAAUUAGAAUGAUUAUUUUGCAUGGAAAAUAGAGCUCCAUGUGAGGAUUCUUUUUUAACACAUUCAUCUCCGGGAGGCUAUGUGCUUUUUCUAACAACACUGCCACUUUCUCAUCAUACUUCUAUAACUAUCUUCAGAGCCCUUCACCUCGUCAAAGAUGACCCCCUUCUUGAAGGAACUGCACAAAGAAACCAAUCGUGCGCCUUCAUGACUCAUCACUGUGCAGACCAUACAAUGGGCCACAUGAAGACAGUGCUAUAUUUGGGGGGACA